AUGGCAUCUACAAACAUCACUUUCUCAAGUUCCCGGUGGCAUGCACACCUAGGCCACCUACUGUCCUCAACGCAACCAAAGUCUCCGACGAAUGAAGCUCUCUACAACACGGUUCAAAAUUACGAGAUAUCCCGCAAGCUACUCCAUAUCUCAGUCGGCGUUCUUAUCUUUUACUGGCACAUUCAAGGGGUUGUUAUCGAAAAGAUCCUCAACCGGAAUCUUAACGCAUUAAUUAUCCUCGCUGCCGGCGACACAUUGCGUCACCGUUUCAUCUCCAUCAGCGCCAUCUACCGCCGGGUGGUUGGCUUUCUGAUGCGCUUGGAAGAAGCCAACUCUUACAAUUCCCUAAUAUAUUAUCUGCUAGGGACCUACCUUGUCAUGCGCAUCUUCCCAGUUGAUGUUGCCAUGAUGGGCAUAUUAAUUCUAUCUUUUGCGGACACAGCGGCUGCUACAUUCGGGCGCCUAUACGCCACCAAGACCGUUUACCUACGCGACGGCAAAAGUUUGGCUGGGACUCUUGCCGCCUGUAUUUCUGCGGGCUUGAUUGCUGCAGCAUUCUGGAGCUAUGUUGGGGCUGAUCAAUACCGCCUUGAACGGACGUCUAUGUUCGAUGGAUCUCUUUCAUUUUGCCAUGAUGCUAAAGGAAUGCCACCACACCCGGACUGUUCGGCUAUCACAGGUCCCUGGGCUGUCGUAAUUAUGAGUAUUAUAACCGGGCUUGUCGCGGCAGGGAGUGAAUUUGUCAAUCUUUUGGGAUGCGAUGAUAACCUGACCAUUCCGCUUCUAAGUUGCUUUGGCAUAUGGCUUUUCUUGAGUAUCUUUGGGGGCACUGGUAGUGCUUAG